GUAUUCCACCAAAUCACAAGGAGUUCUUGGGAUUUCAGUUUAUUAUAAUGGAUGGAUCCAUGGCGGAGUUUGAUAGAUAUGAAUUUGUAAAAGCUGUCAACAAAGAGGCAAACCUACCUGUUGUUGUACUGUGUGAUACUACUGUCAAAAAUCAUGACCUAAGAAAUGCCAAUGCACUGAAAAAUGGAGCAGUUUCUUACUGGUAUUUACCGGUUGGCCCUGAGGAUUACAUGCAAAUAGAAUCAAUUCUCAAAGGUAGGGCUUCGGUUACGAACAUAAUUAGAAGGAGAAAAGCAUGCAUUAAAGAAGAAGAAGAUGAAGAAUGCAAGAGAGAUGAAGAUAGAAAGAAAAGAGUGAAGACUGAUUCUCCUGCUCCUGGUUCAUACAUCAUUAAAGGAGUUGAUGGCCGUAAAGAUACUACUAUUACAUACGUGAAAACUCCAUGAAGAUGGUGACUGUUGAAUUGUUCUUCUUUUCUUUUUCUUGUUUUUGUGUGGGUUAUUGAAGUGUUUGUUGAUAGUAUUUUACUGAG